AUUGAGCGUGCCUUCAAAUUGUUCAUGGAUAAGGAUUUGGAAGUCAAGCAAGUCUUGGCAUCUGGGUCGCGAGGUAAACUUGCCUUCAAGCUACCAAAAGUCCUCAACAAAACUACUGGGAAGAUGACCAACGCCCCGUUCUUAUUUUCAGGGGCUCACUGGACUAAAGUCACUACCUCAUUCAUUAAGUCUAUCGCGAGCAAGCCUGCUGGGUAUGUAGAGACCACAGUAGAGAUGGCGCAUACUUGUGCU